AUAAGUAGAAGGACAACAGAACAAGCCAGGGAAACCCAGUGUGAGCUGAGCCUUGCCCGGAGUCAGCCUUGCUGCAGAAGAAGUGGCAGAGCACCACUCUUUCUCAGCCCAAAGACUAUGGCAAGCUGGUUGUACCUCCUACUGCUUGGCACCUCAGUGGCAAGCCUUCUGAACUUCGGAGAAACCGUUUUCCUAAAUCAAGAAAAGGCCAACAAUGUCCUAAAGAGGACCCGGAGGGCUAAUUCAUUAUUUGAAGAGGUGAAGAAAGGAAACCUUGAGAGAGAAUGUAUAGAAGAAACAUGCUCUUAUGAAGAAGCCAGAGAAGUCUUUGAAAACCAAGAAAAAACGAUAGAAUUCUGGAACAAAUAUGUAGAUGGUGACCAGUGUGAAAGCCAGCCUUGUCAGAAUCAUGGGGACUGUAAAGAUGGUGUUGGUGAAUACACCUGCAGCUGUAUGGAAGGAUAUGAAGGCAAAAACUGUGAAUUUUCAUCAGUAGCAUACUGCAGUUUGGAUAAUGGAGAGUGUGAUCAAUUCUGCAAGGAAGCAAAAAACACUGUGGUAUGUAGCUGUGCCAAAGGCUACAUCCUGGGAGAUGAUGGCAAAUCCUGUAUACCUACAGAACCCUACCCGUGUGGAAAAGAAACACUAGAAAGAAGAAAGCGGUCAGUCCCAGAACCUGACAUGCAAAGUGUCACUACUCCGAGCUUAAGUGAGAAUCCACUUACAGACCUGGAAAAAGAGACUCUGCCUCCCACAAAAGCGCCUUUGGAAGGAUUCUUGCCAAAUCGCACAGAACCUGAAAACAAUGGGAAAGAUCACAGAAGAAUUGUUGGAGGAAAAGAGUGCAAUGAUGGAGAAUGUCCUUGGCAGGCUCUUCUCAUAGAUGAGAACAAAGAAGGAUUCUGUGGAGGUACAAUUCUGGAUGAGUACAACAUCCUCUCCGCAGCUCACUGCAUGUUCCCAAUGAAGAGAUUCCAAGUGGUGGUAGGCGAGCGGAACACUGAGAAAGAAGAUGGAAACGAAGAGGCCCACGAAGUGGACAAGGUACUGGCACAUAAAGGUUUUGUGAGAGAAACCUACGACAACGAUAUCGCUCUCAUCAAGUUAAAGAAACCCAUCCGGUUCCGAAAGAACGUGGCGCCCGCGUGCUUACCAGAAAAGGACUGGGCUGAGGACGUCCUGAUGAAUCAGAAGGUGGGCGUGGUCAGCGGCUUUGGCCGCGUCCACGAGAGAGGUCGCACCUCCGCGGUCCUCAAGAUGCUGACGGUUCCUUAUGUGGAUCGGAACACAUGCAAGCUGUCCAGUACCUUCACCAUAAGCUCCAACAUGUUCUGUGCUGGCUAUGACAACCAACCUGAGGACGCAUGUGAGGGAGACAGUGGUGGCCCACACGUGACCAAAUUUAAGGAUACGUAUUUCGUCACUGGAAUUGUCAGCUGGGGAGAAGGAUGCGCCCGGAAGGGAAAAUAUGGGAUCUAUACAAAAGUCACUGCCUACCUUGGUUGGAUAAAAAAAUACAUGAGAACAAAGAAAAUUCAGUAGAACUGCCUGCCUUCUGCAGCAGUGAUCAAGUAGUUCCUCUUCUAAUCCUCCACAUUUGGCCAAAUGCUUCCUUUAUAGGUUAGUUCUAGUGACUGUAGAGCAUUCUGAUAAAAAAGAAUUCUACUCAAGUGACCUUCUAGUAGCCUUUGGGUCUAUUUUAUGCUCUUCCUCUGUGAUUUGAAUCCAUGUUUAGAUUUCCAGGAUUCAAAAUGGAAGAUUCGGUGCAAUUCCAUAUCCUCUCAGAGAAAUAUCAUUAUUCUAAUUCCACUUCAGAUUUUUUGUUUAGUUCCAGAAUUGCCAUUUGAUCUGUUGUUGACAUCAGUUUUCUCUUACUCAGUUUAACUGGGAAAAUUUCUGUCUGCAUGGCUCGUUUUCACCUUGUCCUUGUCAGUUCAGAUGUAUUUUCUUUUAGAAAUCUCAUCACAUUUUGUUAAAGAAAAAAAAAACUAGAAUAUCCAAACUGUCCCUCAUGUUUCAUAAAAAGUGCCAUUUAAAAAGAAAAUUAAAACAUUUAAUAUUAGCACAGUCUUUUUCUUUACUUGGCAAUGUUUUAUUUAAUUGACCAGGUAUGAAGGCCCUGAAAGAUAAGUAGUUUAUUGUUCAGUCAUUUCAGACUCUUUGCAGCCCUGUUUGGAGUUUCCUUGGCAAAGAUAUUGGAGUGGUUUGACAUUUCUUUCUGCAAAUCAUUUUACAGAUGAAGAAACUGAGGCAAACAGGGUUAAGUGACUUGCUCAAGUUCAUACAUCUAGUGCCUGAGGCCAGAUUUGAACUGAAGAAGAGAUUAUCUUCCUGAUUCCAAGCAAGGCACUCUAUCCACCGUGCCACCUAGCUGCCUCCUAGGAUAGGUCAUAGCAGGGCUUCAUGAAGGAAUUUCAUUGUAAUGGGCACAUAAAAUGUAGGAAGAAGAGACCACUCUCCCUUAACCUAACAGAUUAUCCAAUCUAAGCAUUUUAUAGAUGAGGAAACUGAAAUUACUAUAGUGAGACUAGGAUUUUACCAAUGUCCGGGAUGGGAGUGAGCAUCUUUCCCAUGGUGAUAACUACCCUCAAUCUCAUGUCCAUCUCACCGUGAUCCUGUCAUCUCCCAGAAGUCAUCUUUUUCCUGUCCCAGCACCCAUAACUUGUGCUAGACUCUCUAAAGGCAGGGGUUCUUAACCUUGGGAGCAUUAACUUGAUUUAGAAAGCCUUAUUUGAUCAUUGUAUUUCAAUAUCAUUGGUUUCCUUUUUACCCCAAUUAUUUUAUCUUGAACAUUUAAAGCAUUAUUCUGAGAACAGAUCUCCCAGACAACCAAGGCCGUCCAUGACUCCAAAAAAAAAGUUAAGAACCUGGCUCUAGGAGAUAGGCUGCUUCUGUGCCAGUAAUUUAAUAGUCUUCUGGGUCCCAUCUAUAGCCCCCAAUCAAGUAAAUUUGUCCUUAAUACAAGAAUCUGUAGUUACAGAUUGGGAUAAAGCUGUAGAAGUACUUCCCUGGCAUCUUGGAAAGCACCGAGUACCUGGCUCUGAAAAACCUGAGACAUAGAACAGCUGAGUGUCAAUGGAGAGAGCGAGAACAUGCCAAUAAUGAAUCUUGGGUAGCUGUGGAGAGCAUCGGUUGGACUGAGGGGAAAUAAAAGUUUUAAUGUAGAGCUAGAAAAUAGGAGAGCAAGAGGAGGGAUAAGCUAAGGGCCCCAGGAGAACAAGACCUGGUCUUAGAGAAGAGAAUACUUUGGGGAAGAGACUGAAAGAGAGGGAGGUACAAACAAGAUAAGAGUUCACACUGAAGGCAAGCUUCUACUAAACAGUUUACCUAGAGUGAUCCCUAUAGGAAAUUCCUAAGGAUCUCAACCACAACUCAGACUCUCCAAGCAGAUGAACUGGUCAUCUGACCCUUGUUUGCAUCCCGUAACUACAGCCAAUACCUGAGUUACCUUGUUAGACUAAGCUCUAAAAAGUAGGGUGAUGAAAUCUAUCCUCGGAUGUCAUGAGAAUGCUCUAACCCAUAAAUGUUUUGGGGUUUUUAAAAAGCCACUUUGGAAUAAGAAAUACUAUGUAAUGACUAAACAAUAAACUUCAAAUUCCUGAAGAAAAGCCAAAGGCCCAUCUGUUGGUGUAGCAAUAGAAAUGAAAACUCAGCUUCUGAAUUUUGCAUUCCUUUAUUUUCUAUUGUAAGGAGAACAGAAAUAGCUCUAAGACCUCUGAUUGCAUUGGCAGGGAAACUCAAAGUUGGGAACACUCCUCCUGUGGAUGAAGGUCUGCACCUUCAGUCCAAUUUACAUUCUUGGUGUAUAUGGGGUGUCAAGGAGUUAAAUUGCCUGGCAGUCAAGCUAAAAACCAGGCUGAGAGUAACCAGUAUCAGUGGACUAAGGGGGAUGUCUAUCCCAAGCAUCUCCAGACUUCCCCCAGCAGAAGAGGCACAUGAGAACAAUUUGUUCCAACAGUCAUGAAGGCAAUCAAAGCAGAUGCUAUGGAGCACGUAGAGCCUGGACAGACCUCAAAGAUCCCCUGUAUCCCAGGCCAUUGACAAUCAUCCUGAUUUUUGUCCUGCCACUGGACACUGAUGACUUCGUGCAACUCUGCCUCCUUAAAUCCAAUUCAUGUUCAAGUUAAGGUAUCACCUGUGAUGGCAUCGGUCCUCUCUGAAAAACAAGAGAGAACGAUAACAUUCUGAGCCAAUUGCCUAGAGCAAUGAAUGAGAAGCUAAACAUUUUGCCCAGGAUCAUACAGCCAAGAUAUAUCAGAGGCAGGAACUGGAUCCAGGCCUUCCUCACUCCAAAGCCAGCUUUCUAACCAUCACUCCAGGCGGUUUCAUGAACUAUGCCACAUUUCAUUUGUUUUAAAUGAUUCAGCUAACUGGCCACAACUUUUUGCAGCCAUAAAACUCUGGCUCUGGCCCCAGAACUUUUGGUUUUUACUAGGGCAGUGAUCUCUAAACUAUUUUUGUCAAUAAUCUCUAACAAUAAACAUGUUUUGAGUGUGCAUCACCAAUGUGUGUGUAUUUACACAUGUAUAAGACAGAUGCAUUAUUACUAUAUGAUUACAUAUUGUAAAAUAUAUAAACAUUUAAGAGUGAUAUAAAAGGAUAUAUUUAGAAUACAUUUUACUUCUUAUAGGUAGAACUUUUUACUCUCACUUAAAAAUUAUUAUCAAAAAAGAUAUAUUCAAUAAAAACAAUGUUUUUGGCUUCA